GGCACACGUGACUUAAUGCGGAAGUUCCAGAGGUACGCUCAGAAAAACAAGAUGGCAGCGCACCCGGGAGGAGGCGGACAGGGAAAUUCCAAGGAACAGAUACUGGAACUAGGAGCUGUUUUGCUAAAGGAUUUCAUUUACGAGCGAGUUCGCCGCCACGGAGACAGCAGCGCCGUGGUGACCCGGGCCCAGCUCGGCGGAGGUGAGCUGUGCGAUGCCAACCAUAAGAAGCUCGCUCAGUGCCUGCAGCAGAUUGGAGACGAGCUGGACAGCAAUGUGGAGCUCCAGAGGAUGAUAGAGAACUCCUCACUCCAGCCCACCAAGGAAGUGUUUAUGAAAGUGGCCGUUGAAAUCUUCUCAGAUAGAAAGUUCAACUGGGGCCGAGUGGUUGCUCUCUUCUACUUUGCCUGUCGACUUGUUAUUAAAGCUCUCCUGACACACAUUCCUGACAUCAUCAGAACCAUCAUCAACUGGACCAUCGACUACCUCCGUGAAAAUGUUCUCAACUGGAUCAGGGAGCAAGGCGGCUGGGAGGGUAUUCGCUCUUACUUCGGUACUCCUACGUGGCAAAUGGUGGCUGUCUUCUUGGCGGGCGUUCUCACCACUGUCCUCGUGACUCGUAAAAUGUGAGCGGUCGGGUGAAAGCUGGGCGAGAAGGGGGGCGGGGGCGUAUUUUGGGGGUGUGAGUGAGCGGACCUGGCUGGCAGGAAGGAGAGGACGGACAACGAAGCGGCCAAGCUGAACAAAAAACUUGAAUGUGCACGUGAAGAGGACCUCUUCAUCUCCUGUGUGCUUUUUGUGACGACUGACUGUGCCGCUGUAGCCCCCUCUACCCCCAGCAUGUCACGUGGAGGUAGGGGGGUGACUGCCAUACUCUUGAGAGAGAGAAUGCAUUUUAAGUAAUUUAUUUUUUACUUAGUACAGAAACAAAAAAAGUCACUGCGUUUUGUUUUCUGCUCUAAUUGACAAUGUUGACUAUCUGCUGCAUUCAGAAUGCAUCUUCCUUUCUGCUGGAUUGGAACUAUUCUCUGUGAGCAAUCAUUCUUUGUCAGGAAGAUAAAAGAGAGACCGUCUUGGUUUUUACCACUCGUAUCCAAAGCAAUAUGUGCACAAAUUACAUGCUUAAUAGACCCCUUAUUUGUUUUUUGGAAAUAUUUAUGUAACGUUUAGUCGCACAUGGCAGUUUGCCUCCUUGACCAGCAUUUGUAAUAAAAGCAUCAGUAUGUUGGCUUACCUCACUUCAUACCUGUGUUUCGGAAGUACAGUACUGUAUUAUUUCUACACCAGUCACUCAAAACGUUUAACGCAGUAAAUGACUUUUUUUAUUCGUGCAUAUACUCGUUUGUCAGUGCCUUUGUUGGUUUCUUUUUUAUGAUGAAAUUUGCAGAUUUUUUCACCUUUUUCUAUCACAUUUCUAAAAGUUUGUUUCAAGUGUCCCAGACAGACAAAAAAAAUCACUUUGCAGUGAGUUUGUAUGUUGUAAUAUGGAUAUUAAACAUUUAAACCUACUCUUGUGUGUUU